GGCCUGACGUGCUGCUGGAGUGAGGCUUCAAAAGGAAGUAAAAUCCUUGACGGGGUUUGACGCGCGGCUGGAAAAUUGGGAAUUGAUAAGGCCGGACAACAAGUUUCCAGGCUGGGGAAGGGACGACUGAUCGUUUACGGGGGGUUAGGGAGGUGGGCGGUGGCUGGCCGGUAGUUUGUCGGUGGGCUGGGGUUCGAAGAUGGUUUCACGGGGAAGGGGAGGGGGUGGCUGGGAAUUGUUUUUUAAUUUUUUUUCUAAUUAUGCCAAUCACGUAUUGACACGUGGCUUUUUAAAUUUUUUUUUUUACCCUUGCAGUAGGUUACGGGUCAUUGGGACCAUUGGAUCAAUCACAUAGCAUAGAGAUAAUAAACCUUAGUUGGGAUGAUUAGAAGUAAAUCGUCAAUAGUUGGGAUUAUUAAAGUUAUUUUUCCUUUUAUAAAUGACAAGUUGACAACCAAAUUUCUAAACCGUAUCUCAAAUUAUGCAAAAGUUAAAUUAUUUGGAUAGAGAAAGCUUUUUUUUUUUUUUUUUUUUUUAAACAAGCUUUUUAUUUAUUUUUUAAUUUUUAAAGAAGCUUUUUAUUUAUUUAAUUCAAUUAAUUUUCAAAUCUUAUUUCUAUUUAUACCAAAUAAGAUAUAAUCAUUAUUUUAUCCUUAUCAAUCCCAGUAUUUCGGAAUUUCCCUAUCCUUAUCCUUAUCCUUAUUCACAUCUCAUAGACUCAUUCCCGUCAAAGACUUGGCGUCCAAAUUCAAAUUACACAUGCCUAAAAUGUCCGUAAUUCCUUACCUCUCAUUUAGUCAUUAGUCAUUAACUAACAAUAACCUUUGGGAAAAGCUUAUAUUAUCAACGCUCUAAACUUUCAUUUGGGGUUCAACUUCAAUCAUCUCCUGCGUACCAAAAAUUAGCACUUUGCCGACGCCAUUGAAGUUUGCACCGCCACAAUUUGCUUAAUCCCAUUACCUUUCUGGGAGCUUAGAAGUUGGAUAUGUCAACACUUUGGAGUUGCCAAAUGGUAGGAGGAUCUUCGUUAUCUUUAAAAGGCGUGUUGUAUUCUAGUCAGUCUGCAAGCAGUUUAUCAAGAGAGCUUACAUGGAAAAAUUCCAGAUGCAGAAUUAAUAGGGUUGGUACUAGAAAUUCUAGGAUAUUUGCUUCAAUGCAUAGAAAAAUGGAGGAUAUUCGGGUCUUUGUGGUCUCGGACUUGCAUACUGAUUACGCAGAGAACAUGGCGUGGGUAAACUGCAUAUCUUCCACAAGCCACCAGGAUGAUAUUCUUCUUGUUGCGGGGGAUGUGGCUGAGACAUACGAUAGGUUCACCUUGACUAUGUCUAUAUUGACAAAUAAAUUCAAGCAUGUUUUCUAUGUGCCUGGAAAUCAUGAUCUUUGGUGUCGCAAAGAGAAAAAAGACUUUCUUGAUUCACUUGAUAAGCUCGAUGCGCUGCUUCGCGCAUGUGAUGAACUUGGAGUGGAAUCAAGGCCUUUGAUCAUAGGUAACUUGGGAUUCAUACCCCUCUUCUCGUGGCAUCAUGAGAGUUUCGAUACAGAGCAGGAUAUAACUGGAUUGAGAGUUCCUUCCUUGAAGAUGGUAUGUAAAGAUUUUCAUGCGUGCAGAUGGUCUGCUGAGCUCUGUGAUAGGGAUGAUUCUCUUGCUCGGCAUUUUGAUGCAAUGAAUGAGAGACAUGCUCAUACAAUACAAGAGAUCCAGAGAAAAUGUGAAAAAGUAAUUACAUUUUCCCACUUUGUUCCUAGGCUAGACCUAUGUCCAGAGAAAAGAAUGCUUUUCUAUCCAAACCUUCCUAAAAUCAUCGGUUCCAGCUUUCUUGAGGCUCGAAUCAGAUCUAUACACGGUGCUGAGGGGAGCAAAGCUGCAUGUCAUGUGUUUGGCCACACCCAUUUUGGCUGGGAUGCUACUCUUGAUGGGAUCAGGUAUGUGCAGGCACCAUUGGCUUAUCCUAGAGAGCAGAAAAGAAAUAUGAACGGGGGUCAUGGUUGGUUACCAUUUAAUUUGUAUUCUGACGGAAGAUUCUCUGAGAGACAGCAAUUUUACUGGUCAGAUUACUAUUCUGUCAAUUCAAGGACACCAGAUAACCUGGAACUUGCCCCUUGGGUUGCUAAGCUUUACAAAAGAUGAGUGCCGUAAGGUAGCUACCUGUUCUACCAUUCCAUGAUCGAAUACACAGGCUAUCGGAAUUUGUGAAUGACCAUAGAAAACUUCCUGAGUGUAACAGUACAUAGUGGGUUAAAAGUUGUAAAUAGUUAAACACAAAUAUUUGUACAGUGUUGUCAAUUUAAUUAAACAUGUGCUACGCUUACCAUGUAAUACACUAGUACUACAUCUUAUUCUUUGAAUUUUUCUCUGAAAUAACUUCUUGUUCAUGAUCAAGUGAUUCAAGUCAUGUCCAGUGAGAAUUGUUAAUCGUAAUGGUCAAGCAAACAUUUUUCAACUUUAUGCAUUAUGAGUGAUUUUUACGGUAUAAAAAUUUUGUAAAGAGAACAAUUUUAU